AGAGUUAGUUAAUAGAUGCUUUGAAGUGACGUAAUUGAAUUCACGAUCCCAAAUCGAAAGAAGACGAUCAAGGUUCCGAUCUUUUUAGUAGGCAACAAUGGUGAAGAAUGUUAUCUCAAUGGAUCAGCUGAAAGCUUUAUGGCACUCUGAGGUUCACAAUGAACAAAGAUGGGCUGCUAACAUGAAACUUGUCAGAGCACUUGGGGUGUUUGCAGGAGGAGUCUUCCUCAUGCGUAGCUAUGGUGAUCUCAUGGCUGUCUGAAGACACUGAUAACAAUGGAGUAGCAUGUCUUAGUUUUUUUCACUUUCUCGACUUUUGUACUUGUUUAAGCUCUCUCUCUCUCUC